CUUUGACUGAAAUGCAAGUCCAAAGAUUAACACUUUAAAUUCUCCCAUUUGUUGUUGUGGAGCUCUGAAAGUGGUAGCCAUGGAAACUCUGAGAGUUUCAUCUGUUCCAUCAUUACAAAUUCCAUCUAAAUUUGAUAAAACCCAAUCAAAGAAACUCACUUUCUUGGGUUUUAAUCAAUCACCCAGUUCAUCUUUCUCAUUGGUUCAAAGAUACAAAGCAACAUUCAAGGCAUCCUCUAUUGCAGUUGACACUGAAACCCCAACUGCACCAGAAGCUGAAACUCACACCCAAGAUGACAAAUUUGACUGGUAUGCCCAUUGGUACCCAUUGAUGCCAGUCUGUGACCUUGACAAGAGAGUCCCACAUGCAAAGAAAGUUCUGGGUAUUGAUGUGGUGGUGUGGUGGGACAAAAAUGAAAGUGCAUGGAAGGUGUUUGAGGAUGCAUGUCCUCACAGAUUGGCUCCAUUGUCUGAAGGGAGGAUUGAUCAGUGGGGAAGGUUGCAGUGUGUUUAUCAUGGCUGGUGUUUUAAUGGCUCUGGUGACUGCAAGUUCAUUCCUCAAGCACCUAAGGAUGGCCCUCCGAUUCACACUUCCAAGAGAGCAUGUGUAGGUACUUAUCCAAGUACCGUGCAGAAUGGAAUGGUGUGGUUCUGGCCAAGUUCUGAUCCUCAAUACAAAGAUAUUCUUGCAGAGAAAAAGCCUCCCUACAUACCGGAAAUAGAUGAUCCAUCAUAUGCUAGCUUGAUGGGUAAUAGGGAGAUACCUUAUGGGUACGAGGUCUUGAUUGAAAAUCUUAUGGACCCUGCUCAUGUUCCAUAUGCACAUUAUGGAAUAAUGCAAACUCGACAACCCAAAGAAAAAGCUGAUAGAGAAGGGGGCAGACCAUUGGACUUGCAUAUUCGUAAGUUAGACAUAAAUGGUUUCAUCGCAGAGCAGAAUCCAGGUCACAGUAGAUUUCUGCCGCCAUGUGUGUUUUGCGUUUCUAUCUUUAGUCCCAUUGACCAUGUUAACGGGGCUGCAGCAUCCUCACCUGGAACUGAAAAGCUGAGCAAUGAAAAGGUAUCAUCCCUCCAAAAGGGCCAAAAGGAAGCUCUGUUAAUUUUUAUCUGUGUUCCAGUUAGUCCAGGUAAUAGCAGAUUGAUAUGGACUUUCCCAAGAAACUUUGGAGUUUGGAUUGACAGGAUUGUUCCACGAUGGAUAUUUCAUGUUGGACAAAACCUGAUUCUGGACUCAGAUUUAUAUUUGCUUCAUAUUGAGGAACGUAAGAUAAUGGAUGUCGGCCCUACCCAGUGGCAGAAAGCCUGUUUUGUGCCAACAAAGUCAGAUGCGCUUGUUGUUGGUUUCCGAAAGUGGUUAAACAAGUAUGCGGGUGGUCAGGUGGAUUGGAGAGGCAAGUUCACUGGGGCUCUUCCGCCCACUCCUCCUAAAGAACAGUUGUUGGACAGGUACCGGUCUCAUGUGCUCAACUGCAGCAGUUGCAAUGCUGCCCACAAAGCUCUAGGCAUGCUUGAAGUCGUAUUGCAGGUCCUCUCCUUUGGUUUAUUAGGUAUUGUUGCUGCAAUCAAGCAAGGAGUACUAUCAUCAAUGGUUGCAAGAACUGCGCUAGUUGCAACAGCUCUACUAUGCUUUGCAGGAUCAAAAUGGUUGGCGCAUUUUAUCUACAAAAACUUUCACUUUCACGACUACAACCAUGCCCUUGUGUAAGAUUGAUGCUCCGGCUAACUAGUUACCAUAAGGAAACUUUCCAUACGAGGUGCAAUGUAAUUAGAAUAAGAUAUACUGGACGCAUGUAACCAAACUUGGUUGAAUACAAGUAUAUAUAUGGUUGUAAGAGAAUGAUCAUGUGAAUGAGGAAUCUACUCUCUGAAAUUCUUUACAAAGAUCAUGUUAUAUAUUCAUUCUAAUUCAAGAC